AUGUGGUGGAAAGGACCUUACUUCUUGCCCUUGGCGCUCUUUUCAUUUUCCCCGGAUAAGAUUGCCACGUAUUGGACCGGAGAGAUUGCUUCUGACGAACGUAUUAUCUUUUUUCCAACUGCAGCCCAUGAGUGGAACGACACGCAUUAUUCUGUGCCUUUGCAUGGUUGGGUGAUCGAGCCAGAAGAAGAUAGCAAAAAGAGAAGAGUAUUCAUCAAGUUUCUAUCGAAAACGCUUAAGGUUUCUGACCCUAAAGAAAAAGAGAUUCUGAAACGAAGGAUACGACCCUUUGUCUUCGACAAUAAAAGCUCAAAGAGCCCCAAGAUUGAAUUGGGCGGACAGAUAUUCAAAAUGCCCCGAUCAGGAAAGAAUGGUCAUGUGUAUGAUACGCGACUGAUACCCAAAGAAGAGUUCGAAAAGCAUCUACUAGCAGAGGAUGGUGGUUCCAGCAGCCAAGAUGUAAUAGAAGAAGAAGUCAAGUCUGUUUCCUACCAUGCCUUUGACAGCAAAUCACAUCGGAAUUUCAAAGGGAAGGUGUUCUGUGUACCGCCUACGGGGGUUUCUGUCAUUUCGGACAUUGACGAUACCAUCAAGGUGACGAAUUCCAUGAACAAGAAGGAUCUUUUGAAAAACACAUUUCUCAGAGAAUUCAAAGCGGUGCCGGGCAUGGCCAAACUGUAUCAGCAAUGGAAGUCGACGACCUACAAGAAUUGUUUCUUCCACUUUGUGUCGGCGUCACCUUACCAACUUUAUGAAGAGCUGAACGAUUUCUGCCGUUCGGAAGGUUUUCCAGAGGCUCGAACCUUUCAUCUCAAGACGAUACGACCCAAGGACAAGACACUGUUGCAACUGUUUGCAGAUCCAGUAGAGUACAAACGACAACAUAUUGAAGGCAUCAUACAGAAAUAUCCGAAACGUUCGUUUGUGUUGGUGGGGGAUUCAGGGGAGAAGGAUCCAGAGAUUUAUGCUGAAAUUUAUCGAAACUUUCCUAAGAAUGUGGAAAGCGUUUGGAUUCGAAAUAUCAACAACUGCACGAUUGGCAGAUUACAAGGUGUUCCGAUCGACCGAUGCCACUUUUUUGAAGAUGGGAAUGAGCUGCUAGGUCUUCCAGUAAUGUAG